CGACUGAGGAGGCCAUGGAUGUACGGAGGCUGCGCGUCAACGAGUUGAAGGAGGAGCUGGCCCGUCGCGGCCUCGACACGCGGGGGCUGAAGGCUGAGCUGGCCGAGCGGCUGCAGGCGGCGCUAGAAGCCGAGCAGGGCCGCGACGGAGCGCUGGAUCCGCUGUCGGACGGACACUAUGGCAUCCAUAGCGGGAUGCAUCAGGACAGCCUGCAAGGAUACCACCAAACUUACGAGCACUGCAACAUUAAACAGGAGAAUGAGUCCAGGUUCGAGAGGAGGCCUCUCGACCACGAACAUCCUGGCUUACGUUCAGACAUGAAGCUGGAAGUGAAGCCAGAGGAGCCGGCCUUGGGCUACAACACAGCAGCCUCGGGUUAUGGGCCACCUGCCUCCAACUACAACACUUCUGGUUCUGGCUACAGUACCACUGGUGUGGGUUACAAUGCCUCUGGCUUUGGCUCUUCUGACUCAUCUCAGUCCUGGCAGCAGCAGCCACAGCAAGGCCGGAAGAGGCCCUUCGAAGAACAAAGGGGCCGCGGCUACUACGAACACCGAGAGGAUAAAAGGGGCCGAUCUCCUCAGCCACCUGCCGAGGACGACGAGGAAGAUUUUGACGACACGCUGGUGGCCAUCGAUACCUAUAAUUGUGAUCUGCAUUUCAAAGUUGCCCGGGACCGAUACAGUGGCUACCCUCUGACUAUAGAGGGGUUUGCUUUUUUGUGGUCAGGCGCACGAGCCACAUACGGUGUAUGGCGAGGGAGGGUCUGUUUCGAGAUGAAGAUAAACGAGGAGAUCUCUGUUAAGCACCUUCCUCCCACCGAGCCUGAUCCUCACGUCGUGCGGAUUGGUUGGUCGCUGGAUUCUUGCAGCACCCAGUUAGGUGAGGAGCUUUACUCUUAUGGCUACGGAGGCACCGGGAAGAAAUCCACCAACAGCAAGUUUGAAAAUUACGGUGAAACCUUCACGGAGAAUGAUGUCAUCACCUGCCUCGUGGACUUUGAGUGCGGAGACGAUAUCGAAAUGUCCUUCAUGAAGAACGGGAAAUGGCUUGGUGUGGCGUACCGGCUGCGGAAGGAGACAUUGGGUGGCCGCGCACUCUUCCCUCAUGUCUUGGUGAAGAACUGCUCCAUUGAGUUCAACUUUGGCCAGAGGGAGGAUGCCUUCUUCCCCGUCCCGCCGGGCUUCACCUUCAUCCAACAUCUUCCCCUGUUGGAACGAGUCCGGGGGACAAUUGGACCAAAGAGCAAAACAGAAUGUGAAAUCCUGAUGAUGGUGGGGCUGCCUGCUGCCGGGAAGACCACAUGGGCUAUUAAGCAUGCAGCAGCCAAUCCAAGCAAGAAAUACAACAUCCUGGGAACAAACGCUAUCAUGGACAAAAUGAGGGUCAUGGGACUUCGACGACAGCGCAAUUAUGCUGGCCGCUGGGACGUCCUUAUCCAGCAAGCCACCCAGUGCCUAAACCGCCUGAUUCAAAUUGCAGCCCGGAAGAAGCGCAACUACAUUCUCGAUCAGACAAAUGUUUAUGGAUCUGCCCAGAGACGAAAAAUGCGCCCCUUUGAAGGAUUCCAGCGCAAGGCUAUUGUAAUUUGUCCCACAGACGAGGAUUUAAAAGACCGAACAAUAAAGCGCACUGAUGAGGAAGGGAAGGAUGUGCCCGACCAUGCAGUGUUAGAAAUGAAAGCCAACUUCACACUGCCUGAAGCAGGUGACUUUCUGGACUCCGUGGUCUAUAUUGAGCUGCAGCAGGAUGAAGCGGAGACGCUGGUGAGGCAGUACAACGAGGAAGGCAAGAAGGCUGGCCCGCCACCCGAGAAGCGCUUUGACAAUCGGGGCGGUGGCAGUGGCUUCCGGGGUAGGGGCGGUGGCAGCUUUCAGCGCUUUGACAACCGUGGCCCAGCAGGAGGAAAUCGAGGUGGCUUCCAGAACCGUGGUGGCGGCGGCAGCAGCAGUGGAGGCAGUGUUGGAAGUGGAGGAUUCAGAGGAGGAAAUAGUGGCAGUGGCGGCAGCAACGGUGGCGGAGGAGGUGGUGGGGGUUUCAGCAGGGGUGGCAGCUACAGCCAGAGCCGCUGGGGAAGUGGGAACCGAGAAAGCAACAACAACAACAGCAGCAGCAGCGUCAACAGCCGGGGCAACUACAACCGCAACAACCAGCAGCCCAGCAGCUACAGCCCAUCUCGGAACCAGAACCCCUAUAAGAGCAACAGCAGCACGGUCGCCCCUGCUCCUCCGGCGCCUGCCCCAGCCACUAAUGCCCCUCCCAGUUCUUACAACCCAGGGCCACAGCAAAGCUACACCCAGCCCUACAACCCGCCAUCCAGCUACAACCAAGGUGGUUAUGCUCCGAGUUACAACUAUGGGAGUUACAGUGGUUACAGCCAAAGCUACAGCCAGCCCCCACCUCCUCCUCCGGCCCAGCCGACCUACAAUCAGCCCAACUACAACCAGUACCAACAGUAUGCCCAGCAGUGGAACCAGUACUAUCAAAACCAGAGCCAGUGGCCCCCGUACUAUGGCAGCUACGACUAUGGAAGCUACACGGGCACCUCGCAGGGUGGCUCUAGUGCCCAGUGAUGGCCAUCUGGUCCUUGGAGAGAGCAGCUCGCUG